AUGUUUAUCCACCUCUAGACUGCAACACGUGCGCCUUAUUUUAUUCUGAAAUUCUGUUUUUAACCAUUAAAGUGUAUUAAAUAAUUAAAAACACAAACUAAUCCAGCAGAAUGUCGAUUCGUGAGAAGCUGCUGAUGAAGAAGAUAGUAAAGCGGGAGAAGAUGAAGAAGGAGCUCACGCAGAAAAAGGCAAAAAACAAGCCCCAAACUCAGGAGCCACCCAAGCAAAAUGGCAAUAAACCCAAUCAAAAACAGCAGAAACACAAUAAAAAACGUGUGCAGGAGGAAGAGGAUGACGAUUUAGAGUCCGAUUUCCAGGAGGCGCCGCUGCCCAAAAAGAAGCAACAGAAACAGCCGCCAAAAAAGCAACAAAUUCAGGUGGCCAACUCGGAUUCAGAUUCAGAUUCUGAUGAAGAUGAUCAGGAAGACGAGGAUGUGGAGGAGGAGGAGGAAAUCGAUGAUGACGAGGAUGUGGCCAGUGGCAAUGAAGAAGAUGAGCAGGAAGAAGAUGAAGAUGAGCCGGUGCCGGCGAAGAAGACGAAGCUGUUGCCCAACAAAUCCAAGCCACAGAAUGGCAAACCAGCCAAAGACGAUGAGCCCUUCACCGUGGAAUCCUCUCUGGCGGCCCUGGAUUACCGCGAUUCGGAUGAUCGUAGCUUUGCCUCACUGAAGGGAGCCGUUUCCGAGGCCACACUGCGAGCCGUCAAGGAGAUGGGCUUCACCGAGAUGACGGAAAUCCAGGCGAAAUCACUGACGCCCCUGCUGAAAGGCCGCGAUCUGGUGGGCGCUGCCCAGACCGGAUCCGGCAAAACGCUGGCCUUCCUGAUACCCGCCGUCGAGCUGAUCAACAAGCUGCGCUUUAUGCCCCGCAACGGCACCGGCGUGAUCAUCAUCUCGCCCACGCGAGAACUGUCCAUGCAGACAUUCGGUGUGCUCAAGGAGCUCAUGGCACACCACCAUCACACCUACGGCCUGGUAAUGGGCGGCUCCAAUCGCCAGGUGGAGAGCGAAAAGCUGGGCAAGGGCAUCAACAUUCUGGUGGCCACACCGGGACGAUUGCUCGACCAUCUGCAGAACUCGCCCGAUUUUCUGUACAAGAACUUGCAGUGCCUGAUUAUCGACGAAGUGGAUCGGAUACUGGAGAUUGGUUUCGAGGAGGAGCUCAAGCAAAUUAUCAAUCUGCUGCCAAAACGCCGCCAGACAAUGCUCUUCUCGGCCACACAAACGGCUCGCAUUGAAGCCCUAUCCAAAUUGGCCCUCAAGUCGGAACCCAUUUAUGUGGGAGUCCACGAUAACCAGGAUACGGCGACGGUUGAUGGACUCGAACAGGGCUAUAUUGUCUGCCCCUCGGAGAAGCGACUGCUCGUACUCUUCACGUUCCUCAAGAAGAAUCGCAAGAAGAAGGUGAUGGUUUUCUUCUCGUCCUGCAUGUCCGUCAAGUACCACCACGAACUCUUCAACUACAUCGACCUGCCGGUGACCUCCAUCCAUGGAAAACAGAAGCAGACAAAGCGAACGACCACCUUCUUCCAGUUCUGCAAUGCCGAGUCGGGCAUUCUGCUCUGCACCGAUGUGGCGGCUCGUGGAUUGGACAUUCCGCAGGUGGACUGGAUCGUGCAGUACGAUCCCCCAGAUGAUCCGCGCGAGUACAUUCACAGGGUGGGUCGUACGGCCAGAGGAUCGGGCACUUCCGGCCACGCCCUCCUCCUGAUGCGACCCGAGGAGCUGGGCUUCCUGCGCUACCUCAAGGCCGCCAAGGUGCCACUCAACGAGUUCGAGUUCUCCUGGCAAAAGAUAGCCGAUAUUCAGCUGCAGUUGGAAAAGCUGAUCGCCAAGAACUAUUUCCUGAACCAGUCGGCCAAGGAGGCCUUCAAGUCGUAUGUGCGUGCCUACGAUUCGCACCAGCUGAAGCAGAUCUUCAACGUGAACACGCUGGACCUGCAGGCGGUGUCGAAGAGCUUUGGGUUCCUGGUGCCGCCCGUGGUCGACCUGAAAGUGGGCGCGGCCAAGCGGGAUCGACCCGAGAAGCGGGUGGGCGGCGGUGGAUUCGGGUUCUACAAGAAGAUGAACGAGGGAUCGGCCUCCAAGCAGCGGCACUUCAAGCAGGUCAACCGCGACCAGGCCAAGAAGUUUACGCGUUAGUUGUAGAUUUAGGCAGAGAUACCAUGGCAUAUUGUAAAUCUGCUACUUUAUUUCAUUGUGUGUGUAUACAUAUAGGCAAAAGAUAUAAAACUAAAUGUUUCCAUUUCA